UCAGAGCGCGCGCAGACUGAAGCCAGUGUGUUGGAGGCUCCGCGGGCAGGAGGUGUCUGAAGCAGCAUGUCAGCUCCUCCAAUGAUGUGAAGAAGGAUCAUCUUUUUGAUUUUAUCCGAUUUGCAAACACUUUUGAACAUGACCGCUUUCACUUUUUACCACGUGGAGCUUUUCUUCUCGAUCAAAGCUUUCAACGUAAGUGUGGAUUUGUUGCAAGUUUCCGCCUGAACUGAUGAAAGCCUCUUCAGAACGACGCUUUAUGGACUCGUCUAUCAGCUAAUGAUGUCUAUGGGUUUCAUGCCUGACUGUCCGAACGCCUCAGAUCCCUCCAAAUCUGCCUUUUUAGAGUUUGGCCACGGACAUCCGGUGCACCAGCAGCACUCGCCCGGACUUCCUCACAUCUAUCCCGUGCCUGGCCUGCAUACUGUCGGGCAUUCCCAGCACGAGAGCCCUUUUCCUGGCAGCGGCUCUUAUGGCCGCUCUCUGGGCUACGCCUACCCCGGCGCGGUGAACGCUCAUCCCCCGUCUGCUUACAUGUCCUACCAACACAGCAAUCACUGCAGCAGUAGUCUGGCCCACAGCAGACCAGAGCAUACAGAUCGCGAAAAGUCCACUGUGAUAGAGGCCAGGGACCUUCGUCUCAAUGGAAAAGGGAAGAAGAUCAGGAAGCCUCGGACCAUCUAUUCAAGCCUGCAGCUUCAGGCCCUGCACCAGCGCUUCCAGCAGACCCAGUACCUGGCCUUACCGGAGCGCGCGGACCUGGCAGCCAAACUGGGCCUCACACAAACUCAGGUCAAAAUAUGGUUUCAGAAUAAACGCUCCAAGUACAAAAAGAUCAUGAAGCAUGGCAGCGGAUCAGAGGGGGAACAUCUCCACAGCACGAGCUCCAUCUCCCCCUGCUCACCCGGCCUCCCCCAACUGUGGGAGGUCUCCAAAGGUGCCCAGAUGCACCCGAACAACUACAUGAACACUUUUGGUCACUGGUAUCCAAACCAUAACCCUCACCAUGACGCGAUGCCCAGGCCUCAGAUGAUGUGAGUGGAUUGUUGUUGUGAGCGCAGGCCGAGGCGUUUGGACCUGUGUGGGGCGCGCGUGCAGGCUGAUCCAUCAUGGGGCUUCUUCUCUGAACUGUUUUUAAGUGUGUUGAAUAGAAAUGUCAUGUAUUUCGUGUGUGGUUUGGAUUCAGUUUUUAAAGCUAAAUCUGAGCAGGAAAGCAUGAAAUCCUCUUUUUUUUUUUAAUUGUUUAAAUGUCACUGCAGCGUGUGGACUCUAACUGCAGUUUACCUUAAAGAAACUCGGGAUAAAGGCAAAUAUUGAUAAAGUGGAUCUACUUUAUUAGUUUUGGCUGCGUGUUCCAGCAGAUGCUCUGAGCAUUGCGGAAAUAAAUAGUUGGAUUAUGAUUCAUUUCUUGUGUUAAAUGUUUUCGCCUUUUAAUUAUUUCAAAGACAAAAGAGGUGAGCAUGACAUUUUAUUAAUUUCCCUUGGAAGAAUGACACUGUAGUCAGUUUCUACUGUGAGUUGAUCUCUGCUUUAA